AGGUGUGUGCGUGCGAAAGUGGACUUUGACGUAUCAUCAGUGGAGUUUGGACUCUGAUUGGAAGUUUGCAGUUCUCCGCGAAGUUUUGUGUGUUUUUUCUUAAUUUCUCUGUUUAUUAAAUUGUUUUUUUUUUGCAUAAAAUCCACCUCCGCAAUGUCUGCUGUUACCAAAGGAAUCUUCAUUGUAGCCGCCAAAAGGACAGCUUUUGGGACAUUUGGGGGUGCCUUCAAGAACACUACAAGUACCCAGCUUCAGACAGUGGCUGCCAAGGCUGCAAUUGAGGCUUCCGGACUCCAACCAACCCAGAUAGAUUCCGUUAACAUUGGCAACAUUCUAGCGGUCUCAUCCACAGAUGGAAUUUAUCUGCCACGUCACGUGCUCCUGAACUGUGGCAUUCCACAAGAUCGUCCAGCUCUGGGAGUUAAUCGGCUUUGCGGCUCUGGUUUCCAGGCUGUUGUCAAUGGGGCCCAGGACAUUCUCAUGGGAGCUGCAAAGGUAUCCCUGACGGGAGGAGUUGAGAAUAUGACACAGACUCCAUUUGUGGCUCGUGGGGCACGUUUUGGGAUUCCUCUGGGAACAAAUGGUGUCCUGGAGGAUGCUCUGUGGGCUGGCCUUACAGAUACUUACUGCAAACUCCCAAUGGCCCUAACAGCAGAAAAUCUUGCUGCUCAGUACAAGAUUCCACGGGAAACUGUGGACAAGUUUGCACUGAAGUCGCAGCAUAAUUGGAAAAAAGGUCAGGAUGAGGGUGCUUUUGCAGCUGAAAUUGCUCCAAUCAAGAUAAAAGUCAAAGGAAAGGAAGUUGAUUUCACCGUUGAUGAGCAUCCAAGACCACAAACAACUCUCGAAGGUUUGGCCAAAUUGCCGACGCUGUUUAAAAAAGAUGGCGUCGUAACGGCUGGAUCAGCUUCAGGAAUUUGCGAUGGUGGAGCUGCGGUUAUUGUUGCUUCUGAAGAUGCUGUCCGGGAAUACAAUUUGAAGCCAUUGGCUCGUCUUGUGGCAUAUUCGGCUGUUGGUGUUGCUCCAGAAAUUAUGGGAAUUGGUCCAGUUCCAGCUAUUCAGAAUGUGCUCAAAGUUACUGGACUUUCUCUCAAUGAUAUCGAUCUCAUUGAGAUCAACGAAGCAUUUGGUGUUCAAACUCUUGCCUGUGCUGAAGCUCUGAAGUUGGAUCAGAACAAACUCAAUGUCAAUGGUGGUGCUAUUGCACUUGGACAUCCUCUAGCGGCUUCUGGUGCCAGAAUAACUGGACACUUGGUACAUGAAUUGCGUCGCAAGAAGCUGAAGAGAGCCGUUGGAUCAGCUUGCAUUGGAGGUGGUCAGGGCAUUGCCCUUCUCCUAGAAGCUGUCUAGGAUGGAGAUUUUUAAGAGACUGCAAAAAUCACUGAACAAGAAAAACCACAAAAUUUCCCACAAAACUUCCUCAAAAGUUUGAGUUUUUUUAAUACACCACAAAACCUCAUAUCUAAGUCAACAUUUUCUAAUGAAUCGAAGCGGUGAUGUGAGAAAUAUUCCGGAUAGAAAUGCAAACAAGAGAUUAUGCAAUAAAUAAUUUUUGGGUAUAUGAA